UCAUAUCCCGGACCGCUUCCGAAUAGGGCAACAUGGGCCGGGAGGGUCCGUGGCUCGAUGAAGCAUUACACCCCGAAAUAAGGCUGUAAUCAAUCGUCAACUUCGCCGAAUUCCCGUCUGCCAAGGGGGCUUUGUCCGAUGCUAGUAUGAUACCUUGUAAUUAUCAAGACUCCAUAGGGUGGAGGAUCAGGCUUGCUUGGCUUACACGAUGGACUGAGAUGGACAGUAUAUGAACUUCACGAUAUCUCACUCUCUCUCUGACUUGCUUCUCAGUAUUCUCUCCUUCAUUCUUUCUCAUACAACCAGUAGCUGGGUCUCUGGUUUCUUCUUACAGUCCUCACUUACACAUAACAUACUGCCACUGUCACUCCCUAUAUCAACAUGCCUUCUCUCUUCCAGACCCUCUUCGCGGUCGCCGCCGCUCUCCCUUCCGUCCUCGGCGCUCUUCCCACCCGCGCCGAAGGUUUCGGUUCCUCCACCACAGGAGGAGGCAACGCUGGAGCCGUCUACCCCAAGACCGCCGCUGAGCUCGUCUCCUACCUCGGCGACUCCUCCGCCCGAGUUAUCUACCUCGACCGCACCAUCAACUUUAUCGGCACCGAGGGUACCGCUAGCGAGACUGGUUGUGCUCCCUGGGGAACCGGAUCCAAGUGCCAGACUGCCAUCAAUCAGAACAACUGGUGUGGCAACUACCAGCCCAACGCCCCCAAGGUCAACGUCAAGUAUGACAAGGCCGGCAUUCUGGGUAUCAAGGUUGGCUCCAACAAGUCCUUGAUCGGCGUUGGCUCCAAGGGAGUCAUCCGCGGUAAGGGUCUCCGAAUCGUUGGUUCCAAGAACGUCAUCAUCCAGAAUGUUCACAUCACUGAGCUUAACCCUCAAUACGUCUGGGGUGGUGAUGCCAUUACCCUCGACAACACUGACAACGUCUGGAUCGACCAUGUUACCACUUCUCUCAUCGGUCGUCAGCACAUUGUCCUCGGAAACAACGCCUGCAACCGUGUCACCAUCUCCAACAGCAAGAUUGAUGGUACCACCAGCUGGUCUGCUAGCUGCAACAACUACCACUACUGGGGUCUCUACUUCGCCGGCUCCAACGAUCUCGUCACCUUCAAGAACAACUACGUCUACCGAGUUUCCGGCCGUGGCCCCAAGGUCUCCGGCAACACUCUCCUCCACGCCGUCAACAACUUCUUCCACGAUGUCCCUGACCACGCUUUCGAGAUCGACUCUGGCUCUGUCCUCGCUGAGGGUAACAUCUUCCAGAACGUCAAGUACCCCGUUGACUCCAAGGGUUACCAGGGCCAACUCUUUGGUGUUCCUACCUCUGGCUCUGCUUGUGCCGCUUCUCUUGGCCGCAACUGUCAGCUCAACGGCUUCGGCAGCUCUGGUACUCUCGGUGGCACCAACACUGGCUUCCUCAGCAACUUCAAGGGCAAGACCAUUGCUAGUGCUUCUGACUACAACAGCGCCAAGAGCGUCAUGACCUCCGCUGGCUUCGGCAUGGCCUAAACGAAACACCUUGUUUGAGAUGAGGGGUUGAUAUAAUAUCAUAUCUGGCAGCAUGUCACUUCUUUGUACAUAGUAUCUUUACAUAUCUUGUCUGGUCAUACAUAUAAUAGG